CGAUCAGCUCACAGCUCGCGGCAUGUCGAAGCGAUGGCGUUAGCGCGCAAAUCAUGCUUUACACGUCCUGUGUGGUUGCCGUACACGCCCGCGGGGAUAGCGAAACAAACGCGACGCGCGCGGGACUGCUUCAAAGAAACAGCUGCAACGGUUGCGCGUUUGAUGCUCGAGUAUACGCCGCUGAUAUUCGAAGAAUAACUGGACAGGCGGGUUAGGGGGGUAUGGUUCGGCAAAAAACCUGGACCACCCGAACGCCGCGCACUCUACGCCGAAGUCGUACGCGAAGCAGAACCUUCCGACUCCUCAGUUGCAGUUGUACGUUUAGAGCUCCUCGUUUUGGGGCCUUCCGAGCUAUAAAUGAGACACAGCGCGCACACGAUGCCUGGAAAGAGAGCGGUAUCGCGGCAAUGCUGACUACUACGAGAGGGCGGCGUAGGGUGUACGGGCUCUCAUGGCAGGUGUUAGGAUAGCCCUGUUUUGAUUCCUUGUUUAAGGGUUUUCUUUUUCUUUUCUUUUUUUUUGUGUUCGAAGGCUCGGUGGGCAUAAUCAAGCUUCCCUUGUUUGCGUGCCGUCAUUAUUUCUCUUCCCGCUCGCAUCUUGCGACGUCAACGUGUAUUAAACGCACCCCGGAACUACUCAGGAAGGAGCCGAAGUGGCGUAUAUACGCGAGGACAAGAAAAAAAAAACAAUAAUAAGGGCAAGAUAACGAGCUAGUUCCAGGCUUGACAACACGCCCCAACCAUCGUAAUGUCGAGCGUGGUGACGGCUCGCAGGCAUUUGAUGGUUUCUUUUGCUAGACGGAGGCGAAAUCGGGCUCUUUCGCGGCGUUGGACCCCGGAGCGUAUCUGCAGAAGGAGACGGCCAGGCGUCCACCCGCACCCACUCGCUUCGAUGCCAAAGACUUCAGAAGACCGGUCACGAUGCUGUUCUGGCCACGCGUUGGUCUGCUGCUCCGCUCUGCACUGUCCGUCUGCUUGUUUCGACUGACCCUCCAGCGGUGCCUCCCAGAGUACAGGAAAACAGAAGGUCACACCGCUUGCCUUCCACGCAACUACGAAUGCGACAUCGUGUCUUCAGGAUUGACGCCGGCUGAGCAGAAGUCAUUCGUCGACGUCCACAACAAGUACCGGAGCAUGGUUGCCCGCGGUAGACUACCACGCUUUCCUCCCGCCUCAGACAUGCGGAAACUGCGCUGGGACGACGGCCUGGCGGAAGUCGCGGAGGCGCACGCCAAGCAGUGCAACGUUCGGCACGACGCCGGACGUCACCGGUCGACGGUGAAGUUCCCGCGCACGGGACAGAACCUGGCCGCCUAUUGGAAGAGCAACGGCGCUACCAAUGGUUCCUCGUCUUGGGUCGGCAACGACAUCGAGAGGGCCGUCAGGUCGUGGUUCGAGGAGAAUCACCGCUACUCGCCGUCGGGUUUGAAUCACUUCAGCGAGAACGCGGUGGGACCCGUGGGACACUUCGCGCAGGUCAUCUGGGCGAGCACCCAGUUCGUGGGCUGUGGAGCAGUCCGUUUCAGGAAGCACGGCGGGCGUGGAGGUGCUACCAACUUCUACGUGUGCAACUACGCGGACGCCGGCAACCACGUGGGAAAGCCCGUGUACCUGCCUGGUAGAGCGUGCAGCCAUUGCCCGCGGGGUAUGGCGUGUGAGUGGCCGGCGGGGCUCUGCACCGGCAGCAGCUUCACGGCGGCCUACCAAACGGCGCGGUCCUCGGCUGGCACAUCAGUUCCCGCAGCGAUGUAUCCGAGUUCAACAGCGAAAAUAGGGACUUGGAGACCCCAUUAUGGAACACGGCGGUUCUGGAACGGGUCGUGGUACCCUUAUAGCGUAUCUUCAGGAGCAACGAGGAGAAACAGGGCGUGGAUGCGUCAUUACGAUGCACAACGACCAUGGGCUGGAAAGCUGACACGCCCUCCAGUGUAUUCGAUCCAGACGAACAAAAUGGUGACGUGGAAGCCUCCUUACGAAAGCGAUAGCUGGGCACAUAAAUGGCCACUCGGGUUCUGGAAGACGAGAGAACAAUCUUUCAACAUACUGAGGGAGGUGAAGUACCACCUGGACAACAGUGGCGGUGAUUUCGCACAACUGAGGUUUGGGAUCGAUGACGUGCACGACGUGUACAUUAACAGACCUGAACGUGUAAGUGUGACGGUAUUUCGAGGAUACGACCGCUAGCGUCAUCUUGUGUUCCGAGGACGGGCGGGCGAUACUGAUGAAGGCAGACGAUAAAGCAUGCGUGGGGUCACAUACGGCGCUGCAAAUAUAAGUGGUUCCACUGCUUGCAAACCUCAGAAGCUUUGCAGUUCAUUAUGCACGCACAAAUUCAGAAUAUGACAUCAUGAAAGCCUGCACGAAUGCAAAUUCGCAACACACGGCUAUCAAUUUUGAACGGUACUUAAAUUUAUGCUUUUAAACACUUCGUAAUUCUAUGUUGUUUCUCCUGUUCAAAUUGUCGGCAAUCUAAAGAAAAGUGAGCGCUUAAAUUUGCGCUCUCACGGUAUAUGUUUUCCCAUCAAUACUCCGUCCAAUACGCGUAGUACAAACAUAAGAUUACUUCACGGUUAUUCUUACCAAUAAAUCACACGCACCAGCGUGCAUCUACGAUUA